AUGUUUGACGGUUGUUUACCUUCUAGUUUCGGUGAUUUAAAAUCUAUAGAAUUAAUAGACUUGUCCAGCAAUAACUUGUCAGGUGAAAUACCACAGGAAUUAGUCAUGGGAUGCUUUUCUCUGUUUUUUCUCAAGUUAUCGGAUAAUAAAUUGCAAGGACAAAUAUUUCCAGUAUCUAUCAACCUACUGGACUUGAGCUAUUUAUAUCUGGAUUGCAAUGAGUUUUCAGGCACCAUUCCAAAGAGCUUGUCUACCAUCCCUCUUGCAGUGUUAGAUCUUGAGGGUCCAAUCCCGGAGGAUAUUUGCAACCUCAAUGAUCUUAGCCUCUUAGAUUUAUCUGAGAACAAGUUAUGUGGUUCAGUCCCAUCUUGUUUCAAUCCAUCACAAAUACGUCAUGUCUAUCUGAACAAUANGAACAAUAACCAAUUGGAGGGUGAGCUCACGUAUGCAUUUUAUAAUAGCUCCUCUUUGGUGACAUUGGAUCUUAGAUGGAAUAAGUUCAUUGGAAGUAUCCCUCAAUGGAUUGGCAAUCUAUCAAGCAUGAGAGUUAUUCUUCUCAGAGGUAGCAUCCUCGAUUACAUGUCAGGAAUUGAUCUCUCUUCUAAUAAAUUCCAUGGAGAAAUUCCGGAUGGCCUUGGAAAUUUGAGUGAGAUCAAAUUGCCCCACAACUAUUUUUUUGGAACAAUUCCAGAAACAUUCUCAAACCUACGUCAAAUCGAAAGCUUAGAUCUCUCCUAUAACAACUUAGGUGGGAGGAUCCCCACUGGACUGAUCAAGUUAAAUGCUUUGGAAGUCUUCAGUGUGGCACAUAACAAUUUAACAUGUAUGAUACCAGAGAAACGUCAGUUUGGAACUUUUGAUGAAGGUAGCUAUCAGGGAAAUCCUUAUCUUUGUGGUAGUAUGCAUAUUCAAUCAAAAAAGUAUGAAAUGAUUUUCAAUUAUCUGUAUUAA